GCCCCGCAGGCCGGUGUGUGGACUGACAACAGCAGCAGCUACCGUGGACCAGAACACACCAGACACAGGAGGACACCCACUAUAUUUACACUUUAUUUAUUUAUUUAUUUGUUUACCGGGUUCUUUGUGUAUUUAUAUCUUUCAAACAUGAACGGAGUCACACGGAGUUUGUGCACAUUUGAUAACAUCCGGAAUCAGGAUUAUGGGGAGGGGUGCAGGCGGCUGCGUCUCACACUCCACGACCAGAACCAGGCAGCUCGGAGCACAGAGCAGCAGCGAGACAAGCCCAUCGGACGUGCAUUUGCAGUGGUACAACCAGCAAGUGACAAGAGAUCUUUGACCCCUGAACCUGUCAAAUCUACAGAGGAGCAGGUGGAGGUCAUCAAGGUGUAUCUAGAAGCACGCAGACAAGAGCAGCAGAAACACCAACAGAGCCUGAAGAUGUUGUCAGAUGAAGUUUCACAGAUACAAGAGGUGAGGUAUUGCCUGAAGACACUGAGGGAGCAGAUGGCGGCCAAAAACAAGUCUCACACUAAUGGGUGGAAGGUCAGCGUUCCGUUCAGAAAGAGCACGUCACCUUCACCUAAAGGAGGCUCUAAAACAGACGUACAGGAAGUGGAUGAUGAAGCAGAGAGAGCCAAACUGAGAGAAGUCAGUAAGCGCUUGUAUGCACAACUCCAAGAGGCUGAGAAAAAACACCAAGAGGAAAAAGAGAGGCUGCAGGCUGAAGGGAACCAGCUGAGGGACCGUCUAAGUGAACAGGAGGAGAAGCUGAAGACCACAGAAGAAGCCAAUGACAAGAAAGACAAACGCAUUGAAGAACUCCAGAGGCUGCUGGGAGGGAUGGAGCAGGAGAGUGCCACCUUGAGGGAGGAAAUCCGCAACCGGGAGGAGGAACUCGGUGAACUACGCAAGAUCAGAGAGGGGGACCAGAAAGGGGAGCAGAGGGCUGAGCAGUUGGAGAAGGAGGUGGCAGUUCUUAAAGAGAAGAUCCACCAUCUGGAUGACAUGCUGAAAAGUCAGCAGAGGAAAGUCAGACACAUGAUUGAACAGCUCCAGAAUUCACGCAUGGUGAUCCAGGAGCGGGACCGCGUGAUCAAAGAGCUGGAGGAGAAAGUGGCGUUCUUGGAAGCUGAGAACCGGGAGAUGCAUGACCAGAUGGACUACUUUCUUGGGGGUCAAAGAUCAAAUUCCUACCUUUCAUCAGAGCGUAAUCCCCAGAUCGUCUACAGUAAACCACUCAAGCCCUCCACCUCGUCUAAUAAGCCACUCCCUUUCAUCAAAGUCAUCGAGAUCAAGUCAUGAAGCCGCUGUGCAGAAGGAAAACAGAAGGGCUCACAGUCACUAACUCUUCUGAAUUACAACUGAAACCAAACAAGCUCUGCUUGUAGAUCUGAGUCUGUGAAUAUUUAAGCUAAGAGACGUGACUUCUCUGCAUCAGCAUUUCCACUCAGUGUACACUCUUGAAGGAUUUUUUUUUUUUUUUUUUACAGAGUUUGUUAGCACACAUGCAUGGCUUGUUAUGUGUGUCCAUACAUGAGUGAAUGUGAAGGAUCAAAUGUGUAUGUGAGACUUUAAAUGUCAGUACAUAGGUGUACUGGUCAGCUGACAUGCAUUUGAUGCUUUGCAUUUUAACACUUUAUACGCAGACGUUUCCACAUUUUACCAUGUGUGAGAACUACUUUGACCUUUGAGUUUAUAACAUCUGCUUAGUUAUAUCAAAACACAGCUGUCGUGCAAAGUGUAAAACGACAUUUUUCACAAGAUCUAAACUAGGUUAUGAGAAGACCAUGUACGGUAAUGUAAUGUAAUGUAGCAUCAAUAUGACUUACUCCUGUGUCGUAACAGAUCGGUCAUUCAUUAACCAGAAGAGCUAACUCUUGUCCUUGUUUGGACUGUUCACUUUAAUGAGUGAAUCCUUUGUUUUGAUUGUAAAUACUGACGGUAGACUGUAGAAGACCCUGUGGAUUUAUGAGGGCGGUUGAUUUGUUGAGUUCUAAAUUACAGUGUGGCUUUAUGUCUCAAACUAAGACAAUAUGGCACCUUAUUAAAGUGAAUGCAUAAAGAAACACAUAAUGUCAGUGCUGAUGAAGAUAUUUGACAUUACUGCUUCAUAGAGGUGUCAUUACUUUAUACAAUCUUCUUGUAGAACAUUUCAGUUUCCUGCCACUGUGUAAGUAGUCACUGUGUGUUGUAAAUAAUAUUCACUGAUGUGAUUUGUAAUUUCUGCCUAACCACGUUCUUUGUAUUUAUUUAUAAUAUAAACCUCUAGGCUGUGUGAUAGAGGAGAUUUUAUAUGACAUGUAUUCUAAUCUAUUAUCUGUGUUUUUUGUCUCUUUGAAUAAAGUCCUGAAAAUUA